CAACGUGUCUUGUGUUUCUUGCCUUAAACCUGAAAUGCCUGCGUUUUAAUUUUUGCCAAAAUUACUUUUGCUUAAUAUGGUCUAAAAGCUAAAGCUGCGCUAAUUAAAAUGCAUAAGGUCACAGCUUGAAUGAAAGUGAACGGUCGUAAAUUCUGCAAAUUAAAUUGAAUUUUAAACUGAGCAUUGAACUUGUUUUAGGCUGUUUGUCAUUAAAACUUCAAAGCGAGUGAAGCUAAUGUCAAAUUUAUGCAGCAAACUUUGAUAAAAAUGGACAGCACACGAAAAUUGUUGCCAGAAAUUGAAAAAUUGCAUUUAAAUCAAGCAGCAUUAAAACACAAACAUGACGAACCCGAUGUGCUGGAUACAUUGCUGUUGCGUGUGGUGCAGUAUGUGUGCAGGAGUGAAGCAGCCUUCGAAGGAACGCUACCGUAUACAGAAGCUGAGUGCGUGCAAAAGAUUGUAAGCAAAUUAAAUGGCAGCGCUGAGCGCUUGGGCGUUAUGUUCUUGGAACGCUACAAUAGUUUAAUAAAAGGAAUUGAGCAGCGUGGUCUGCGCGAUUUGAUGGCCAAUCUAAUGCUUUGUCACUUGGAGGAGGAUGCAACAUUUGCUGCCAAACUAAAUGCAAGCAUCAAUGCAAUUGCUGUUAAUCGCAACAGAUGCACUGAUUACGCAGUGUGCAUAUUGGGACAAAGUGAGGCGGAAUGUGAGGCUAACACUGAGAUAGUGCAAAAUGCAAUUUACUGUUUGAUAGGCGUGCAGGGCAGAUACUUGCUGAAGGAUGUCAACACAGGACGCUUCAAAAUUGAUGCCACAAAUGGCAGCAGCUUAAUAGGCCCACAAGCUGGCAUGCUGCUGCGUCUAGCUGAGCUGGGCUACUAUCAUGAUCGACUGGAUGAGUAUGCGAAUGCAUUGCCAGGGCUUGAUGCUAUUGGUGCUAUGCGUCAGGCUUUUAUAACAAAACUGCGGCAGGAGCUAAAUGUGUAUCAUGGUCAAGUGGCGCUGCUGCAGCAGCAGUUGACAAACUACAAGCAGCAGCAAGCCGACGACCAAUGGCUGCAACAACGUGCCAAAGCGCCCACACUGCUUGCACUCAUAUGCUGGUAUUUAAAGCCAUUGCGCCGCUUGCAGUGGCUGGUCAAGUUGGCACAUGCUUGCCAAUUUAAAAAGGGUGGCGAAUUGGCUACUGCGAUAUACGAACAGCUAAACACAGGUGAUCCGCUGCUGGAUGCACUUGGGUGUGAAGUCUUAGCCGCCUGCUGUACACCGCUUGUGCGCAUGAUAUCCAAGUGGAUGCUCGAAGGUGUUAUCGACGAUAACUACGCUGAAUUCUUUGUGCAAUCGUUGAGUGAUGUAGGCGCUGAACGCUUGUGGCAUGACAAGUUUCGCUUGCGUCUUGCUAUGCUGCCCAAAUUUUUAACAAGCGAGUUGGCGUGCAAAAUACUCAAAGCAGGCAAAAGUGUUAACUUUCUACGCGAAGUAUGCGUUAUAAAUGAGCCCCUCAAAGGCUCCGAGCAGCUUAAGCAGGUGCUAGAAAAUAAUAUUUCAUGCAUAUUUAAAUGCGUGCCGGACAGCAGUUGGCAUGCUGCCAUUGAAACUUGCUACACACAAGCGUCCAAGGAUGUGCUUGAUGUUAUGCUGGGUCCGCACAAGCUGCUGAUGCAUCUCAAGGGCAUGCGUCGCUAUUUGCUGCUGGGCCAAGGCGAUUUUGUUAACAUUUUUAUAGAAAUGGUUAAGGAUGAGCUGGAGAAACGCGGCACUGAUGUCUUGUCGCAUGACUUGUCUGUUAUGCUGGAUGCAGCGCUGCGUUGCAUCAAUGAUGAUCUAGAGAUAUUCAAUCAUUUGGAUGUAGUAGUAAAGACGCCUUAUAGCGGCGACACUGGCUGGGAUGUUAUAUCCUUGCAGUAUAUUGUAUGUGGUCCAUUGGCUACAAUGCUGGAGCCUGCGUUGCCCACUUAUAAGGAACUGUUCAAGCCGCUGUGGCGCAUUAAGCACAUGGAAUUUGUUUUAUCCUCCAAAAUAUGGAAGCAGCAAAUGUGCAAUGCCAAAGCGUUACGCGCGCUUAAGCACGAUAUAAGCCAAAGCUGCUAUAAGCUGCAUCUAUUCUCAUCCGAGAUUAUGCACUUUGUGCAUCAAAUGCAGUACUAUGUGCUCUUUGAGGUCAUCGAAUGCCAAUGGGUGCAGCUGCAAAAGCAAAUGGAGCAGGCAGCCGCAUUGGAUGAUAUACUUGAAGCACACGCGCAAUUCUUGGACAAAAUAAGCAUCGGCUGCUUUGUCAAUUCAUCGUCCAUAAUGGAGCAGCAACUUGGGCUCGUAUACAAAGCCAUCAUCUGGCUAGAGAACUGGCAAUGCCACUUCUAUGAAAGCUGCUUUAAGGAGUUGGCCGCACGUCAGCGCAUGCAGCUUGGAAUUGACGCAUCUGAGUGCACUGGACAGUUUGGCAUUACUACCGAGCAGCGUUUGGAACGUGAUCAGGGCUGCAAACUAUUCGAGCAAUCUAUUGUGGCAGCAAGCAGCGAACUUGAGCAAUAUGCUGCAACUUAUGGCAAAUCCGUGGCCAACUUUCUACUAGCGCUCAACUCCAGCACUGAUCCAAAUCUACAGCUGCUGGGCACACGUCUCGAUUUUAAUGAAUACUAUAAGAAACGCAAUGCAAAUCUAAGCAAGCCGCUAACUUUCGAGCACAUACGUAUGAGCAAAUGUGCGGGGCAGGACUCCAGCUCCAAUGAGCAAUCUUAAGACAACAGACAAUAAUUUAACUAGCUUUGUUUUUGAUGCUUUCCAUAAUUGGACUUUCAGUCUGAACAACGUCCAAAACAUAGUCUAAUUAUAAUAACUAUAACUACAACUCGGCUACCUAUGUAAUUAACUACGAAAUUAACGCAAAAUUAAUUUUUUACAAAAUCGUAACAAAUUUUUUUAUGUCUUCACUUUGCAUGCUGAAAAUGCUUUAAGUAUUAGCAGAAAAAAUCUCAAUUAAAUUCCAUAUCUCA